GCAUGUGGUGGAUGGGUUCUCUGUUCGCUUAUGCUGAUGCGUGUGGUGGAUGGAGUCUCUGUUCGCUUAUGCUGAUGCGUGUGGUGGAUGGGUUCUCUGUUCGCUUAUGCCGAAGCAUGUGGUGGAUGGAGUCUCUGUUCGCUUAUGCUGAUGCGUGUGGUGGAUGGGUUCUCUGUUCGCUUAUGCUGAUGCGUGUGGUGGAUGGGUUCUCUGUUCGCUUAUGCUGAUGCGUGUGG